ACCAGUGAGCCACAUAUUGUACCUGUACAUGUGUAGACAUGUACCAUAGAGCUAGGACCCAUGUACUUACUCCUAAAAUGAAGUUGGAGGUUGAUUGUUGUUUGAAAAGGUGGGUGGACAAGUCAGUUCAUGUUCUACAGCGCAGAUGCAUGGUGUUAACGUACAUGUACAUACAUGUACAUGUACAUGUGGCUGAGUAUUUAACAUCACAACUUCAGACGGCAAGCUGGUGUUUAUAGACUGAGAUCCAGCCGUUGUCUCCAUCACCAGAAGUGUUCUUAAUUCUACUCUUGUCGCAAACCUGAUCAGAAAGCGUCCCCUAUGCCUGACAUCGCGGUGGGCAUGGCCACCUUGUCUGUGACGGACUGUGGAGGUCACAUGGCCAAGGACAGACCAAUGACCAGUCGCAACAGCCCGGCCAAAGUCAACGUCGUCAACAACAUGGAGAGGAACCGAGAGUUCAGCAAUUGUGUUUUGCAACUUGAGGACUGUGAAGAAAUUGACCUGACAUCACCACGCAAUGGCCUCCCAGUCAAGAAACACGACACCUCCAGCAACAAUAACACCAACAAUGCUACGGCAACAACCAACAACAUCAACGCAAACCGAGAGAAUCAGGUGGCGUUCAGCGGCGGUCAACGACGCAGCUUGUUGGAUGGGUUCCUAGGCUGCCUCAGACCAGUCUGGACUAUCAUCGGCAAAGCCACUGCUGCCGAAAAGCAAAUCACGGAUAACUGGGAGGUCCCCUUUGAAGACAUUCGCAAUCUCCAGUGGCUGGGCAGUGGGGCCCAGGGAGCCGUGUUCCUCGGUACAUUGCGGGGAGUUGACAUCGCUGUGAAGAAAGUCCGAGAUGAGAAGGACAUAGAUAUCAAGCACUUGAGGAAGCUGAACCACCCUCACAUAGUCUCCGUCAAGGGUGUGUGUAUGCAAGCACCGUGCUACUGUAUCCUGAUGGAGUACUGUCCGUGCGGUCAGCUGUAUGAAGUCUUGAGGGAAGGCCGUGAGAUUCCGCCCAAGCUGAUGGUGGAUUGGAGCAAGCAGAUUGCACAAGGAAUGAACUACCUUCACAUGCACAAGAUCAUUCACAGAGAUCUCAAGUCUCCAAAUGUUCUGGUGGCAUUCAACGACGUCCUGAAGAUCUCAGACUUUGGCACCAGUCGAGAGUGGAAUGAGAAGAGUACUAAGAUGUCCUUCGCUGGCACGGUGGCAUGGAUGGCUCCAGAAGUCAUACGUAAUGAGCCAUGCUCAGAGAAAGUAGACGUCUGGUCGUUUGGGGUAGUGCUGUGGGAACUGUUAACUGGUGAAAUGCCCUACAAGGACGUGGAUUCCUCGGCCAUUAUCUGGGGCGUUGGCAGCAACAGUCUACAGCUGCCCAUUCCAUCCACGUGCCCAGAGGGUUUCAAACUGCUCAUGAUGCAGUGCUGGAGUGCUAAACCCAAGAAUAGGCCAUCCUUUCGGCAGAUUUUGAUGCACAUUGACAUUGCCGCGGCUGACUUUCUCUCCACUCCACAGGAGGCCUACUUCGACAAGCAGGUUGACUGGAGAGAGGAGAUUAAGCUGCAGUUUGAGAAGAUGAAGAGUGAAGGAUCUCAAAUUCAUCGCAUGGACGAGGAGCUGAUCAAACGACGUCAGGCAGAACUCAGACAUGCUCAAGACAUCCGUGAACACUACGAGAGGAAACUGGAGCGAGCCAACAACUUGUACAUGGAACUGAGUACCUGCCUACUACAGCUAGAACAGAGAGAGAAAGAACUCAAUAGGAAAGAGCAGCAGCUGGCCACCAGCAUCACCAAAAAGAAACAACAGCGGACGAUAAAACCCAUCCUCAAGGCCCAGACCCAGGCUAUGGAGAAACUCAUCAAGAAAUCCCUGGCCAGUCAUCAAAGCAACUCUACCUCUACUCUCAACAGGACAAUAAGCCCGCCCACUGAUGCAACAACCACACCCGAGACCGAUCCUUCCUCCCCAACUCUCUCACCCAGGACCCCACCCACAUCUUCCAAGACGUCACCAAGCAGAGUCCGUGUCCAGCGCAAGACCAGACACCGGCGCAAUAACAGCCACGGCCGUGGCAGCUUUGGCAAAGGUGGAGUUAGCCCCAAGGGAAGUUUUGGCAAGGGUGGAAUCAGCCCAGGGAAAGAAGUCCCCCUGUCAGACUUGCAUGUAUCUGGGGCUGGGGCCAUGUCCCCAAAGGACCUCGGACAGAAGGAGAGUGACCAGGUUGGCCGCUCGGACACAGAGAGGACCUUGGACCUAGAGAGAGCCAACUGUGAGAAUUUCAAGUACUUUGGGCCGUACGCAGCAAUCAGGCAACCAGAACUGACCUCAAACCCAAGGAGCAGAAACUCAUGCAUAUGCACAAGCAAAGGCAAGUGUACUUCAUGUGUGUGCAAAGGGAAGUGUCCCAACCGGUCCUCAAGGAACCGGCCAGGCAGGGCCUGUCAGUACAUCCCUGACCAUGGCGUGACAUCCACCUCACAUGGUAGCGACAGCGAUGAGAUCAACAGUAAUACUUCCCCCACUGCGAACUGUGAUAAGAGCAUCCUUGAUGAUGAGGACAAUGUUCUUCCAAGUAGUUACAUUGGAGAGAGACUGGCAGUCCAGAGAUCUAGCCCACUCAGGAGGUCCCCAGGUGGUGCAGUCAAAGUACCAAAGAGAUCUAUAUCACCUCAGAUGAGGCCUGGAACUAAGACCAGAACUAACGGCGAUGUCAUUAUUGAUAUCACAAAGGGUUCCCGAGGUUACUCCAGCGAUGAACCGAUCACUAUAUGCCAUUCUUCAGACGAACAAACAACCCAGUCAGACAGGAAUCAGAUGAGUAGCCGGCAGUCCUACCUGGCUUGCAGCUCUGAUCCCAAUUUCUCGGAUGAUGGCAACACCAGUGAACUGUCGCGGCAUAUUGCCCUGCCGGACGGUCGGCUGCGGACCAAGACCAGCGAGGUAUUGAGCAUUGCUAACGAGGUGGCUGUGGUGUCUGAUGGUCUGUCAGAUAAGGAGAGAGAGGUCAAGAAGGUCAUGAAGCAGAUCUCCAGGGAAAUGAUGUUUGAGUCUGAGGACCACGGCUUGGUCACGGAUUCUUCCGAUUGCAGUGAUGGAGAGGACUUUCCUAAGGGGGCCAAGGGUCACAGUAGAGCGACCCUUGAUAUCGAAGGAACCUGGUAAUGUUUCAUCAGGUCAAAGGUCGUCCGUGAAUGAGUGCCCUGGUUUACCAACCUUGAUUCUUGAUUAUUGUUAAGAGAUUCUGUCAGCCUAAAGCUGCCCUUUAGAUAGAUCUGCGAUUUACUUGCGCCGCAAUGGAACCGUCGGCAUCAAGCACAAAAGUCGUGCUUGGGUCACAAAACUGAGAAAUUGUGUGAUUAUCAUGGAACAAGGGGCAUCUGGCCACAGAAUAACAGGAACCAAGCUCAUGUCAACCACGACAUAACGGUUUACAAUAAAAUUAGAUCGUCCGGAUGCGCGCACAACGUCGUAACUUCACACAGGUCAAGUGCGAUUGAUUCCUGCCUGUGGGGAACAUGUCCCGUCGUGAACACGUUCCAGCGCAGUGCAGUAGUUUACGUUUUUCUUCAUCUGCGACUACAAUAUUUUUAGCACCAACUGAUGCUGGUCGUCUGAAUAUCAUCGCAGUUGCACUCAAGUCACACAAACUUUGUGACUUUUUUCCUGACGGUUGUAGCUCAGUUCUGUUGAACAAGGCUGGCACCAGUUACUUUUUGUCACUAUCUUGCAAAACUUAUCAGAUGCUUUAUUUGAAAGUAGAUAAGGAUAUUUGUGCCAGUAAAAGGGUUUCUCUGUUUUAGAACUUUUAACCGUCAGAGAUAUUGCAAGUCCUAUGAAUUUGAGUCGUGAUUCAAGAGAGACUUACAUUAGGAAACAAAGCAUUUUUAAUGAUGGAGAAAAGAAAUGCCAGAAACAGGGGAAGCUUUGACCUUGUUUCAUUGUGAUUGAUUGAUUGAUGAGAUUGAGUGCCAGUUUGUUGGAGGUACCCCCAAGUAAUGUGGACACAGAUGUCGGCCAAAGUAUUGUUCAAUUGUCACUCUGCUGUCCAGUGUAGGUUAUCUGACAGAUGUUUUAAACAUAAGUCAUUCCAGUAUGGACAGUGAAGGUCAUUCCAAAAUGGUCAGUUAGGGAACCUCUGUCUUGGAAGUUUGGUAGGUUGUGAUGUCUUGAUUUUAAUAGGCUCAGAUCUGGGGUAGGAUCAUCAUUUUAAGUAUGACCUCUCCACUACCGAUUGAAAAACAAAAUUCUCCUCUGUGACGGCAUCAUUAAUCACUGCCAUUUAAAUUCUUAAACAUAAGCUGUCACUUAAUAAUUAUUACCCACUUUUUAAUAUACAUUUGUCCU